AAAAACUGUCAGUUUCCAGAGCUAAGACCCCGCAACAGCCGCAAGAAUCGCGAGCGCCAUCUGACUCUUCAUCGUCGCCUUUGCCCACCUCCCAAGCUUCCGCCUCCUCCCCUCCCGCGCUUUCUCCGAUUCUUCCACGAGCUUCCAGAUCGCGAAACCACCAUAGCCGCAGUCAGGCGAGACGAGUGCCCACCCGCGCCGCGGGAUUCAUCGGAAUGGCGUACGUGGACCACGCCUUCUCAAUCACCGACGACGAAGACCUGGUCGGCGGCGCGGUGGGAGGCCCGCGUGGCGCCCCGGUCAAGGAAAUCGCCUUUGCUGCCGCGCUCCUCGCUUUUGGCGUCCUCGGUGUCGUCGCGGGAUCCUUCAUGGCCGCGCACCAAGUCGGCGGCGACCGCGCCCACGGCAUUUUCUUUGCAGUUCUGGGAGGGGUGAUGUUCAUCCCAGGGUUCUACUACACAAGAAUAGCGUAUUAUGCUUACAAAGGGUACAAGGGUUUCACCUUCUCCAACAUACCUCCUAUCUGAAGAAGCAAUUGGAUUGGCUCAUCCAACUAUCCAACACAUGGCUGUCUCUCUCUCUCUCUGUCUCUCUUUUUUGUUUCUUAUUAACCUUUGUAUAAAGUCGACAGCGUGGCAAGUGAUCUGUACAUAUAAAAACACCACCGUAAUGUAAUGUGUCAUCACAACAUUAUGUUACCACGUGAAGUUGUUCGUUAUGAGAUAUAAACGUUG